AUGUCCAGAGGAUGUCCUAAAGACGUAUAUGGUUGUCUGGGUCGCAUUGAAAGGCAGUACCUGACCAAACUGAGGACAUUGCCUCCAAUUAAAACUCACAAAUAUUUUCGAGGGCUUAGGAAGCUAUAUGAUCAAGUCCAAGCAAACGUGCGCGGUCUCAAAGCACUGGGUGUGGAAAGCAGCUCCGUUGCAACAAUGCUGACAGAUACUAUCCUUUCAGCGUUGUCUACUGAAAUGGCCAUGGAAUAUUAUCGUGCUGAGAAGAGAGGCCAGCAGCUUGGCACAGCAAGUUUGGAAGGCAAUGGAGACGAGACCAAUGCCGGAGUGAGUACCGCUGGAAGAGAGAUUGUUGGAACUACGGAGUUAGAUCGAAUUCUAAAGUUUCUCCUAAUUGAAAUCGAAAGCUUUGAGCACCUCAAGUUCAAUGGAUGUGCCUAUGACGACAACGAGAUGAGAGGACGUCAGAGGCAAGGUGAUCGACAGAAUUCGAACAAUGGUGGAUUCAAGACACGACUGGCAGCGUCAGUUCUCCACACCACUGCUCGGGAAAUGACCAACAAGUGCAUAUUUUGCAACACCUCGCGACACAUAACGGAGCUGUGCGACGCAGACAUCCCGCUGGCAGAGAAGAAAACUACUCUUGCAGCUCAAAAGCGAUGCUUCCGUUGUACGAAACAUGGACAUCAUGCAAGAAUGUGUAGGAAGAAAAUAACCUGCUCUGCAUGCGGAGAAAGGCACGUAAGGACGAUGUGCUAUCCUUUGUGGAAACCAAGUGAACAGACAAAAGUGAAAGAAGUCGUCAGUACUAGCAUGCACACGAGUGGGACUGGCGAAGAUGUGAAGACAGGUACUGUCGUCUUACUUCAAACGUUCAGGGCAUGGGCCGUAGCUGAAGGUCGCAGUCUAUAUCUCAGGGGAGUCAUUGACGGCGGUAGUCAACGAACCUUCGUGCGCCAAGAUAUUGCCAGAGAACUGAAUCUUCCUUCUGCCGGAGAAAUAGACGUCACGAUCAAUACUUUCGGGAACAGGACUUCCAGAAGGGAGAGGCAGCGUCGGCGUUUGAUCAAACUGUGCUUACGCAGUCAAUACGGAGGGGAAGUACAUCUCUUUGAAGCAAUCGAGGUACCAUUCAUUUGUGAAGAUCUUGUGACAUGCCCAUUGGAUAACGAGGACGUGCGCACUUUUCUUCUAAGUGAAGAGAAACUAGCCGAUGAGUGUCGCUUCUCAGGGGUACGGACAGAAGAUGGAAUUGGCGUGCUUUUAGGCUCUGAUCAAAUGUGGAAGAUCAUGACGAGGCAGGUGCGGCAAAGCAACGCCCAGAAUAAUCUUGUUGCCAUCAACACUUCUGGGUUGGACUUUUCAAGGACCGGUAUCAGUUAG